UAUUUAUGUUCGUUAAUGUUUUCUAAUUAUACUUGCAGGCUGGAUGUGCAGUGGAUAAUUAAUGAAUGAUUUGGCACUUGUGCCAAAAUGAAGAUCGAUCGCACCAAAUUGAAGAAAAGCAGCUCUGAAGUUCCGGGGGACUGUGGUUGGCUGAUUGAGAAGCUACAGAGCUGUAGCAAUGAGGAGCUUCUCCCAGUCCUCCGGAGCGUGGAGACUUGGAGUUACGGAAAAUGUGAACUGUAUCACUGGAUUGAUGUCCUUGACAGAUUCGACACAAUUUUAGAAGAAGCAGCUCAGAAAGGUGAAGACAAAUGGGUGCUUCCAUGUGACCUCCCGCAGAAUAACCAUGUCCAGGAACUGGUGGUAUGGGUGCUCCACUUCACAACACUCCUUGUGGAGCACUCAUUCUCACGCCACCUCUACUCCUCUGUGGAGCACCUUAUCACCCUCCUCUCCUCCACUUCGAUGACAAUCGUUCUGGCUGUCCUAAAUCUGCUCUACAUGUUUAGCAAAAGAUCUAAUUUUAUCACACGUUUAGCAGUAGCCCCUAGAAAGGCACUGUUGACACGCCUCAUAAAUUUGGCCGAGCCAUGGGGUGGCAAGGAAAAUGGCUUUGGUUUGGCACAGUGCUGCCAAAAUCUUCCUCUUUCUAGCUUCCCAGAUAACGCCACAACUCUACACUAUGAAUUCUAUGGCGAGCAUCAGCAGCAGCAGCAGCAAUCUCAACCACAGUUACAGCAGGGGAGUGAGUCAGCAGGCAGUAGCGGCAGCAGUAGUAACAAUGCCCGAGCAAACAGUUCCAUUAUAACCAUUCAUAUAGACAACAUGCAAAAUAUCCGCAAAUCUCCAGCAGUUGUCAUGGAGGAACUGCUAGAAGUUUAUAAAGUGCCUCAUGAGAAACAGAUGAUCCUGUUUACCCACAUAAGAUUAGCUCAUAGUUUUGGACAGUUCGAGACCAGGUUACAGUGUGUUCAGGCAAGAUUGCAGGCGUUGUCGGUUUUGGUGUACUGUAAUGCGCUUCAGGACAAUGCCAAUACAGUAUUGUAUUCUGGAUUACUGGACGAAUUUGUAGAAGUUUUGGAGCUUAACGACACCAAGCUAACAGAAAUUAAGGCUGCAACGCUGCGUACCCUCACCUCCAUCAUCCACCUGGAUCGUAUGCCCAGUUUUCCCAAAUUAAACACCAUAAUUGAUGUAACCGGUGCCUCUUCCUACCAUGGCUUCUUGCCUGUAAUGGUGAGAUCUUGUAUAUCUACGCUAACUGCAACUUCCCCCCCUACGCCCAACCCCUUCCCAGCCCCCCUGGCCACGGCCCUCUUCUCGUUCCUCUACCACCUGGCCAGCUACGAGGCCGGCGGAGAGGCACUUGUAUCGUGCGGCAUGAUGGAGUCCCUCAUCUCGGUCGUCAAUUGGAAGGGCACCGAGCCCGAUCACAUCACGUUUGUGACCCGAGCUGUGAGAGUAAUCGACCUCAUCACGAACUUAGACAUGCAUGCCUUCCAAACACAUGGUGGUCUUACUGCCUUCAUCAAAAGACUGGAAGUGGAAGUUGACGAAUGUCGUAAGGAGCAGCCAUUCCUGAUCACUUUGCCAUCGCCAUUGGCAGAGAGCGAAUCUAGUAGAGGAGAUUUAGAGCAGGCAGCCACAGCCGAAGGUGAAUCGGUGGAUGCUGCAGAGUCUACAGAAGUGCCUGACACAGCCACCCACUCCCCCAUGGACACUACAGAACCUCCUGUGUCUUAUAGUACUAAUGAUCUAGAGGUCACCCCUAGCCAGCCCUCCUACUCAGCCAGUAGACCCAGCACAUCCACGGCCAUGGACGUUCCCGCUGCUUCCCGGCCGGACUACAGUGAAGCAUCCAAAUCUGGGUUGUCUUGCUUGCCUCAAAGAGCUGCCCUCAUUAAGUCAAUGCUCAAUUUCUUGAAGAAGGCCAUUCAAGAACCUGGCUUCAGUGAGUCAAUGCGACACCUGAUGGAAGGUUCUCUCCCUGCCUCCCUCAAGCACAUAAUUAGCAAUGCAGAGUACUAUGGUGCCUCACUGUUUUUGUUGGCAACAGAUGUUGUUACUGUCUAUGUGUUUGGGGAGCCGUCCUUGCUGUCGUCUUUACAAGAUAAUGGACUCACUGAUGUUGUGCUUCAUGCACUCCUGGUGAAGGAUGUCCCUGCAACGAGAGAAGUAUUAGGUUCAUUACCAAAUGUAUUCAGUGCACUAUGCCUCAAUUCGAGAGGGCUUGCCGCUUUUGUGGCAUGUAAACCAUUUGAGAGACUCUUCAAGGUGCUGCUUUCUCCCGACUACCUGCCAGCCAUGAGACGAAGACGUUCCUCAGACCCCAUGGGCGACACAGCAUCCAACCUGGGCAAUGCCAUGGAUGAGCUCAUGAGACACCAACCAAGUCUCAAAGCGCAGGCAAUGAAGGCCAUUGUAAAGCUCUUGGAGGAGGUGUGCCUAUUAGGAAGUGACACACACUACAUCUGCUGGAAGACGCCACCCAAGCAUGAAGCAUCACCAGCGCCAGUAUCUCGGACAACCAAUGAUAAUUCUAGUGAUGAAGAGGAAGAGGAAGAAGAGGAGAGAGAAGCAGGAGUAACUGGCCCUCCUGUCUCUUCAGGGCAGAGGGAAGAUGUACCGCCUACAGACACCACUACGGGAGAAAAACGCCCUGUUCCAUUAGUCGAUUAUGUCCUAAAUGUGAUGAAAUUCGUUGAUGCAAUUUUAAGUAACAACUCCACGGAUGACCAUUGUAAAGAAUUUGUUGCACAAAAGGGCCUUGUUCCACUGCUGGGCAUUUUAGGGUUGCCAAACCUUCCAAUAGAUUUCCCAGUAUCUCAGGCGUGUCAGUCAGUCGCUUCUGUCUGCAAGUCUAUUCUGAAUCUUGCUCAUGAAAGCGGAGUCCUGCAGCGUGGGCUUCAGUGUCUGAAUGAGAAGCUCGAAGCUCUUGCUCCCUUGCACCAGCCUUUACCGUCCCCAGGGGGUUCUGUCCUCCUGAGAGAGCUGGCCUCGGCACCCACCCCGGGCGAAGCAACAGCGUUCCCUCAGGCCACCCCCCUUCUCCACACACUAAGUGCAGUUCACGCGUAUAUCAUGAUGCUUGUUCAUGUGUGUCGUACUGGCCAGACAGAAAUCCGACAGGUGUCCAUCAACCAAUGGGGCACAGAGCUGGGUCUGCGGGUAUUGGCCGGCCUCACUCAGCUCUACACGUCACUGGUAUGGGAGUCGACUGUUCUGUUGGCCCUCUGCUCUGAUGAUGCUCUGCCAGCUGGCUGUCUCUUUGGCAAGGAAGACACAGAUAAAUUACUUCCCCCUGACCUAAGAGGUGAAGAGGGUGGCCGUGGAGAAGCUGUAGCUAUGGAGGUUAUGGAAACAGACACAGUGAAGAUGGGAACUGAGGCCAGCACCCCAUCAGGUGAGGGGGCUAGUGGAGACAGCCCGACGAGGCAGCAGUCCGCAGCCACACAGCACCAAAUGAAACUUAUCAAGCCACUCUUGUCGUCGGCUUCAAGAUUAGGAAAAGCUUUGGCAGAGUUGUUUGGACUUCUGGUCAAGCUCUGUGUAGGAUCUCCCCUGAGACAGCGAAGAGGCCAGCAGGUCGCAACCCCGUUGACUCCUCCAUCUACAUCGGCACGAGCUGUAGCAUCAGCUCUGGCCAACCUCCUUAAUGCAGGCCUGUCAUGGAGUCCCCCUCCAGCAUCCCCUCUACCAAAGUUCCGUCUCACUUUUCUCAUCUGCUCAGUGCGGUUCACCAACCCCAUGCUCUUUGACGACAAGAAGAUGCCGUACCACCUGAUGCUUCAGUACUUCAUGACUUCUCAGGGCCUUAAAGCUUUCUUUGAUACCUUCGAGUGGGCCAUAAGUGCUGGAGGGACAAUGCAGACGCAGGAUGGCCUGGACUCAGGAGAGCUGCCCGAGGGGACGGGAGAGUUCUUGGACACCUGGCUCUUCCUGUUGGAGCGAUUAGUGAAUCCCCGGACCAUGCUUGACUCGCCACAUUCCCUGCCUGCCAAGUCUUCCCAGCCAGGCUACCAGCCAUUCAGUCCUCUCAAGUUCCUAAUUCACAUUCAGAAGCUUGCCUUUGAGGCUGUGAUGAAGUUAUGGAACAAGAAGCCACUGAAGUCGUACGGGGUGAGGAUCUCUGAGUCUGUGCUGGUGAUCCUGUGCUCGGUCCUCAAGGGGGAGACCAUCAUCCAAGAGCGCCUGGCCCUGGAGAAGGAGACCACAUCCAGCACCUCCACCACCAGCAGCACCACCACCACUACAACCACAACCACCGCUACGACUGCCGGCACACCAGCGGCAUCAGUAGCAGCAGCUGCAGCAGUGGCACUGGGAAUCACAAAUCAUGGGGAUCCAGUCAGCCAGGCACCAGCCGAGCCAGAGGUGAACCAGCAGCAGUUGCAGGCACUCAUGGACAUGGGAUUCCCACGAGAGAGGUGCCUGGAGGCCAUCGCGCAGAGUCACACCUUGCAGCAGGCAACCGAAUACCUUUUGAUGAAUCCAAUCAUGGACCCAGUUGGGGUUGGGUCAGGUGGGGAUAUGGAAUUAACCGAGGAAGAUCAGAUGCUACAGGCAAUCGCAAUGUCCCUGGGAGAGAAUGUGCAAGUGUCGGGAAGCAGCGGCAGCGGUAGCAGCAGUGGUCAGCAGGCCAGUUCAGUCUCCAAGCCACCAGUUGUCCCGCCAAAGGAAGAGGAUGACGAACCCCUCAGCAAGAGCACACUUGACAAAUUCUGUGAGUGUGUCCUCGAAGGUUGCCUGAGUCAGCUGGAUGUGCAACCACAGAUGGUGUACAAAGUGUGCGAACUCCUCACAACUUGCGCAACUAGAAAUGGUAGCCAGUGGAGAGACAACAUGCUCACUACACUCAUUAACCAGAUAAGUAGUCAAGCAGGCCAACUCCUCUUAAGUGGAACGCUAUCUGCGCCAGAAAGUGUGGAGCUUUUGUGUUCCUCUGCUCUGGCUGCAAAGUUCGCAGUCAGAUUACAUCUUGUCACUCUUUUGUUUGAGGAGAUGAAGAGAGGCUGCGCAAGGGCUAUGGAGCGUGCAGGGUUGGUAGACACCCUUAUCAAUCUCUUCACACUGACGCAUGCAACUAUGGCAGCCAACCCACCUUCACCAACACAACCCGCAUCCACGCCAGUAGCUGGUUCAUUACCCCCGGCGCCUACACCCACGCAAAGCAAGGAGAAAGACAAGGAGAAGGACAAGGAUGCCGAAAGCUCGGGCACUCCCAAGUGGCUCUCUCCUGGUCUCCUCCUGCUCGACCUGUACGAGAAGCUGUCCAUUGCCACCAAGAGAAGAGCGGCUGUGAGCAAGCUUUGUAAUCAUGUCUGGAAGUGGUUUGAUAUGAGUACAUUGAAAUGGUGUGCUUACUCAGCUAGCAACAAUAAAACAAUUGAUGAUGCAUACUGGGCAAAGCAUCCAAAAGGGCGAAAGUAUCAAUGGGAGAAGAAAGUUAAUGAGGAGUCAGGAAAUCGUCGUCCUGUCAUGAUUACCAUCAAGGACAAAGUAAUAGAAAAGAAGUUGCCAGCAAUCAUGGCCAAGGAGGAGAGUGCCCCUCCCACAGAUGACGACAGCCAGACGGACUCAAAGAAAACAACCUCCUCGGAGGAAGAAUCCAAAAAGGAGGAAGGGGCAGAGGCCGUAACGGAAGCAGUGACCCUGGUGGCCGCCAUGGGUCCAGAGGUAGACGUUCAGCCAGCUCCUGUUACCGUUGCUCCAGAGGCAGAUGAGAAGAUGGAGUGCGAGGAUGGAGAGGAAACGACAGCUUCUGCUUCAACAGACAUGAACAACUUGGACUUGACGGCUGUUGAUGGUUUGACAGAAGCUCAUCAAGAAGCCAUGAUUAGAGCCUGUGUUGGUUUCAUCAAGCUGGGUGUAGAGCCAGAUACUCUCCAUGCCCUGAUGCGACUGUGCCUGAGAAUCACCCGUGUUUGGGAGCAGGCAUGCCUCUUUGCCAGUCUUGGGGGUGUGCGCACCUUGCUAUCCCUGACUGAGUCCUCAGGUUUCUGGGGUUUCCAUAAUCUGGCAGCUCUUCUCAUGAGACACGUCUUGGAGGAACCAGCCACAUUGCGUUAUACUAUGGAAAAGGUGGUGAGGUCAUCGGCAAGCAACAACACCAUGUCAGGGGCCAAGGAGCUCCACUACUUGUUACGCCUCUUAGCACCAGCAGCCUGUAGGGAUCCUCAGCUGUUUACCGAAAUCACACAGCAGUGCCUUCGCAUUGACCUUAACAUGACACUAAAGCGAAAUCUUAUGUCAGCUAAUAGUGAAGACAGUAUUCUCAUGAAGAGUAUUGGAGGCAAGAGUGCCGUUGGGAGUGGAGCUACAGGCAGCACGAGUGGGACUGGUAGCAGCAGUGGGGCAAGCACAGGUAUACCCUUGAGUUCAGAGCCACAGCAGCUGAUUCAUGACCUCCUGGAAGCACUGACAACGCUCAGUGAUGAUUCAGACACAGCAUCUACAACUGCGACAACACCAAGCUCUGCCGUAGCCCCAAGUGUAGCUGCCACCACCACGCCAACAGAAGAGAGAACCGGGUCGACUGGUGGUAGCGCUCGCAGACAGCUUCACUUAUCCCGUUCGUCUUCUGCCAAUGACAUGGUUGUUCAGGAAGCAGAUGAACAGAGUCCAAUGGAUAGUGAAAGCAACAAGUUACCUGGAACUGAUAGUAAAGCUCCCUCCAGUGAUAAAAUGGAUGAUGCUGCCAAAAAGAAGAAACCGUUGCUGUCAAAGUCAUUGAUUUGCAAGUUGAUUGCGGAGUUUGUCCGCUCCUAUGCUGGUUGUGCAAAACUAGUCACAGAGCAUCACUAUUCGUCAGGUGCUAAUGAGAAAAUCACAGAGGAUUGUUCUGCAUUGGCGUACAUGUUAGACCACUUGGUAUGCAGUGGCCCUACCUCAGAUAUGGUUGGUGGUGGCUCAACAGCAGAUAAGGACACAGCAGGUCAUGUGCGUGUACUUAUCGCUGCCCUCGCAUCAUGCAAUCAUGCUCCUGAUGCACAAACAAUACUUGUGACAGAGGUUAAAGGAGCGUUGGCAAGAGCAACAGCUGUUGCAGAGAGCGCCGAGAAACAUGCAAGACUGCAGGCUCUCGUGGGUUUGAUUUGCACGAUGAUGGAGGCUUGUCCCGCCCAGUUGAAUCAGCCACCGAAUCUCUGCUUCAAACAGCAGCAACAUGGAAUGAACAACAUGAUCCGAGUGAUGGUCCGCAAAGGUCUAGUGACUGAUCUCGCCAGAAUACCCCAUAGCUUAGACCUGUCCUCACCCAACAUGGCAGGCACAAUCAAUGCUGCACUCAAGCCACUCGAACUUGUCUCAAGAAUUGUUAAUCUCCCAUCGUUCGUCCCGACCUCUUCAUCGAAAAAGAAAUAUCCACAGCACGAUGACCAGCAACCACCCAUCGGUACGGGUACAACCAAUAGUGAAGCAACUCGUGCACAGGGUGAUGACAAUAUAGAAGACACAGAGAAUACUGAACAUGAUAUAUCAGGCGCUGGAGAGAGCCUGGAACCAUCCUCAGAUGCACAUCCAAAUGAGGAUAGCACUCUAGUAGAAGGGGAUGAGGCUGGUCUGGAAGAGAUCCUCGACCAGCUGCUUGAAGAAGGCGCUGGAGGGGGAAGAACACAGCAACACCGUGAUUCUGUGGCUGCAACGGUCACCUACGUCAUUGACCACGAUCCCCCCAUGGACACAGAUGACACCCUCCAUGACUCACGGAUGGUGACUCAUUCCGAAAGUCAGUUCCUAGAUGAAGGAGAAGCAGGAGGAAACGAAGAGCAGGAGGAUUCGUCUUCCGAAUCUUCAGAAGAGAGAGAAGACGAAGAAGCAGACGACGAUAAUGAUGACGAAGAGGUGGAGGAGGAGGAGGAGGAAGAGGAGGAUGGUGUUCACCACAUAUCACUCCACCCGCUUGCUAUAAGCCUUACACCUUCAGCUCUUGUGAUCCGGGCAUAUUGGACACAGGCUGAUGAUGAUGACGAAGACGAGGAAGAGGAAGAGGAAGGCUCUGUGUUUGACGAGGGCUAUGAGGACUUGGAGGAUGCCUUCAUCCGUCUGCCGGGUGAGCGGGACUCUGACGACGUCCUACUCCUGCCAUCGUACCAGCAGUACAUUGACACCAUUGACACGAUCAUCUUUGGUGACCGAGUCUCUCUUCAUCACCAUAGCAACUCACAUGAGGAUCCGGCGUUCAUGGCAUCAACACCCAAUGCCAACCCCAGUGGGAGCAAUGCCAUCCCAACGCACCCACUGUUCCAGAACCCACGCGAGGUCCCAGCCACUGCCAGUGCCCGCCUCAACAGCCGGCCCAGUCGCCAACGCGGGGUGCUCAGGUACCAUACUGUCACCCCACGCACCCACACCACCACCACCACCAUACUCCAGAGGUGACCCCCCACUCCCCAU